AUGUGUUUUGCUGGGCACGACGACGAUGCGGCGCGUCGCUGCCUCUUUGCGCGCGACGUAGUACCGCUGGGGCUCGCCGGCGAUUCGCGCGCGUUGCCCGAUCGUCAGGGUAUGCAGGCCGCGGUGGCGGCCGAGGAUGCGGCCGUCGGGCGUCACAAAGUCGCCUGGCUCACUGACGACGUACUGAUCGAGGAAGCGGGCAAAGGCGUGCGCGCCACUGCCUCGUUCGCCGACGAAGCACAGGCCCAUGCUCUCGUCCUUGUCGCUGGUCGGCAGCUGGAAGGCGCGCGCGAUGCGGCGUACGUCGGUUUUGCGGAGCUCGCCGAGGGGGAAGAGGCUGCGUGCGAGGCGCGUCGAUGGGACGGACGACAGGAAGAACGACUGGUCCUUCGUGGCGUCGAUGGCGCGCUGCACGACGGGGAAGGCCGUCGCGCCCUCGUAGCGCGUGCCUAUCCGAGCAUAGUGGCCCGUGGCGAGCCAGGGCGCCUGGAUGGCGUCGAGCAGCGCGCCAAACUUGAUCGAGCGAUUGCACGCCACGUCCGGAUUCGGCGUCGAGCCGUCCGUCCACUGCUCGAGCGCCGGCUCAAACACGUGGAUCCAGUAGUCGCGCGAGAGAUCGAUCAUGUCGACGUGCAUGCCGAGGUGCCGUGCGACGGCCUGGACGUCGUGCCACUCUUUCUGCCACGCACAUCCCAUGACGCCGCCACUGCCGCCCUGCAUACUUCCCAUCUCGUCGGCCGUCGACCAGUUGCGCAUGUACACGCCUCGCACGUCGUAGUCGCGCUGUGCGAGCAGGGCCGCUACGACGGACGAGUCGACGCCGCCCGACAUGGCCACGGCGAUGCGGUCGCCGCGCCGUGGCGGCGCCCAGGCCCGCAGCGCUGGCCGCCCAAGCAGCAUGUGGCGAAACGACAACGAGGCGCUGUCGUCUCACGUGACAACAACACGGCGAGGCGCGCUUCGUGCCGGCGGGGGGCUUGGGACGUUGACGACGACAUGCAGGCCGCGCCGGCGCGGCGGUUUCAUGAGGCGGGUCUUGGCUCGCGAACGGGCCUGCGUAUUGGGUCUGUUCGACUGGAUGAGCAGGGCCAGGAAGAUCUCGAUGCGUUUUUUGCGGAGUCGAAGCGUGUGCUGGAGUGGAUGGAGGGGUCGGAGGACGAUACCGAGGCGCCGAGUGAGGCGGGCUCGGAUGCGUGGCAUCGAGCGGCGCCGCAGAUGGCGGCGGAGAGUUUAGAGGCGCGGCCGUCGCUGGCGCCGCGUGCGGACGAGUCGUUGUGGAAUUCGACGGUGGACAUUUCGCGCGCGGAGCGGACGUUUCGGCUGGCGUCGAGUUCACCGGUGCCUAUGGAUCCGGCGCUGCCGAGCACCAGCACGCCUGUCGUGGUGCCGCGAGGCAGUUUAUCGCAAGUGAGCAUGUCGCGGGGGAGCGAGUCUCGAGCGAGUCCGAUGGAUGUGUCGCUGCCUGCGACGGACGCGUCGUGGGCCCGACCUGCUGCGUCGCGCCUACCAGAGACGGACGUGUCCUUUUUGCGCCCCGAGGCGUCGCGCCUACCAGAGACGGACGUGUCCUUUUUGCGCCCCGAGGCGUCUCGCCUACCAGAGACGGACGUGUCGUUCUUGCGCCCCGAGGCGUCCCGUCUAUCUGUGAGCGAGGCAUCGUUUGGGCGCACGGAAGCAUCCCGCCUAUCUUUGAGCGAGGCGUCCUUCUUGCGCCCCGAAGCGUCUCGCCUAUCUUUGAGCGAGGCGUCGUUCGUGCGCCCCGAAGCGUCCCGUCUAUCUACGAGUGAGGCGUCGUUUGUGCGCCCCGAUGCGUCGCGCCUGCCAGAGACGGACGUGUCCUUCCUGCGCCCCGAGGCGUCGCGCCUGUCUACGAGCGAGGCAUCGUUCCUACGCCCGGAGGCGUCGCGCCUAUCUGGGAGCGAGGCGUCCGAGCUGGCGCCACCGACAUGGGACGACGCGCCGGCGUCGGAUCCUCCGAGUGAGCCGAUGGAAGCGCUCGAUGCCAUCGACGAGGACGAGCCGGCGCCUGUGCCGAUCAAGCGGGGUCGCGGACGGCCACGCAAGGAUGCGUCGAUGCCGCCGCUGCGUGGCCGGCCAGGCCGGCCGCCGGGCCGGCAGAAGCCCGCGCAGCGGAUCGUGGAGCGCAUAUUGGACCCGCCGGCGUGGCAGCUGGAGAAUCCUGAGGGGCUUCGGCGGGGCAAGCGGCAUCGCAUUGCGCCGCUGGACUGGUGGCGUGGUGAGCGAGCGCUGUAUGGCAAGCCGGAUGAGCCGACGGGCGAUGCGCUGACGGGUGUGGUGGCGCCGGUGCUGAAGCAGGUGAUUCGUGUGCCGCGUGCGCCGGGCGAAGGCACGUUUUCUGGGAUGCGGCGCUUCCGUGCGAAGCCGGCGGGGUAUGCGCAGCCGGGGCGGCCGCCGGGCUCGCGGAACUAUGUGCCGCGACUGUCGCCGGUGGAGGAGGAUGAGGACGAUGAGGCGGAGGCGGCGGCGGCGUGGGAGGCGGACACGGAUCCGUAUGGGCGUGUGAUGGAUGCGGAUACGAAUACGGAGGUGACGAUGCGCAUUGCGUGCACGGCGGCGGGGAUCCGACCGCGCCCGGCGUUCAACCAGGCGUUUUCGUAUGAAAAGAUCUUUGGCAUCAGUGACUUUAUGGCGGCGGGUGUGCUGGUCAUUCCCGAGGGCGGCGAGAAGCCUGCGAAGCCGAGCAAGGACAACAACUACACGUUUGUUGUGCUGCGUGGCGUCGUGCAAGUCAUGGUGCACCGCACGCGCUUUGUGAUUGCGGCGGGCGGCAUGUUUCUCGUGCCGAAGGGCAAUACGUACCAUAUCCGCAACGUGGCGCAGCGCGAGGUGCGUCUGUUUUUUGCGCAGGCGCGUCUGCUGACGGACGCGCCGCACAUGACGCAUGUCGUGCGCGAGGGCCGCACGGCCUUUGCGCAUGGCCCCGAGCGUGUGCGUGUCGAGGAGGAGGGUGACGACGACGAGGAGGACGACGACGACGAGGCAGCGUCGGAGGCAGCGUCCGAGGCAGCGUCCGAGGCGGAUGCGUCGGGCGACUAUAUAGAUCCGACGUAG